AUGAUGGUGAUACUGUUGCUUGGGAUGCCGCAGCUUGGAAGGGUUCAGGAUUUGGCAAUUCCUAAUGACAUUCUGAUAUAUUACAAGAGCCACAAGGAACAUGAGGAACAUCUGCGAGCGGUUCAAGAAACGCUCAAGCAAAAUAAGUUAUACGCCCAGUUUCAGAAGUGCGAUUUUUGGAAAGAAGAAGUCAAAAUUCUGGGCCACGUGGUGUCUAAAGAAGGCAUCUCCAUGGACUUGGCCAAAGUAGCGGCGAUACAAGACUGGAAACGACCGAGCUCAAUUACGAAGAUAGUGAAGGCGGCGCAAUCUAUUUGGGAGAAUCAGUCUCUCCCAUUUGGCCGACUGAUCUGCAAGAUUGCCCAUAAUUAUGGGUACAGGCAGCAGGUGAACCAACUCAUCCCUAUUAGAUGGAUUGUUGAGAAUACUCUCAAUAAUAUGAAGAUGGGCCCUAAGCAGUGCGUGGCCCGACUAGAAGAACUGGGGGAUGAGAUAGAAGAAGAGACUAAAGUGGAAGAAGAUAGAGAGGAUGAAGAACAGGAGGAAACUAAGGCCCAGGACUCCGACUGGGAGCCUCUUGCCACCCAUAGCGAGCGUGAGACCCUAGCCAAGGUGGUGGAGAACCAGGAAUAUUUGAAGAAGAAAUUCAAGAAGAUGUCUCACACUCUUAAAGCCCUCAUGUGUUGCGUCCAGGAUAAGGGAGCACCUCCACCUUCACCAGAGUUGGAAGAUUAG